AUGGAAAAGGUGAGGGAGAAGGUGGAAGAGAACACAGCAAAGGUGAAAGAGGUCAGAGAGAAGCCCCAGAACAUCGGGGUGGAAACAGACCAUGAAGUUCAACAUGAGGAUGAUGAUGAGCAAGGUAGCCGAGAAGACUUGUUUCAGAGAAGACCUCACAAAAGCACUUUCAAAGGGUCGUAUGCUGAAAACAAGCGAGCAGCUCACAAAAGCACUUACAAAGGGACGUAUGCUAAAAACAAGCGAGCAGCUGGAACCCAACCAAAGAGUGACUUCAAACAGAACCGGUACCCCUGUAGAGACUGCCAGAAGAUCUUCACAAGGAAGAGCAACCUGAUCCGUCACCAACGCAUCCACACAGGAGAGAAGCCCUUCAAGUGCCUGGAGUGUGGGAAAACUUUCAUCUCACGCUCAGCCCUCAUCAACCACCAACGCACCCACAGAGGAGAGAAACCCUUCAAGUGCCUGGAAUGCGGGAAGAGCUUCAUCUCGCUCUCAAUCCUCAUCAAGCACCAAAGCAUCCAUGCAGGAGAGGAGUCGUUCGUCUGCCCCCACUGCAAGAAAAACUUCACCAGAAAUUGUAACCUCUGGAGGCAUCAGCGAGCCUUACACAAAG